AUGCAGCUCGUCAAGACCUUCUCCGUUCUGGCUCUUGCCACGGGCGCUGUCGUUGCCAUGCCCGCUCAUGUCGAAGGCCAACUUGCCAAACGUCAAUUUUGGGGUGGAAACCGAUUCUGGCAGCGUCCCAACCCUACGGCCGAAAUAACUGUGACUGGGUACGCUCCUGAGCCAACUGGCGCGUGGACUACCGAAGCAUCUACCACCUCAACCACAACCGUGGCUACGACUACAUCCACCACAACUACUGUCGAAGUCGUAGUCACCGCCACCCCGGCCGCCGACUACAACUACGGUGGUCGCUAUAACAGACCAACACCCGAGGAGUCUACCCCCACAGCAGCACCUGCGGCUCCUGAAACCCCAUCAUCUGCUCCAGCUCCGUCUUCAGCUCCAGCACCGAGCACUGGCUCUUCUCAGGACGGUUACAUGUCGGUCGUCUCGAAAUGGCGCGCUGCUGGUGGCCUUCCUGCUCUCUCGCAGGACAGCACACUCGAGGCCAAUGCCAUGAAGACCAGCACAAACAGCGUCGGUGGCCUGAUUCACGAAUUGAACCCGGGCACCAUGGCGCAAGUAUUGGCACCCGGCACUCCCUCUAACUUCGAGAGCGUCUAUGUUGGUGGAUGGCUUUGCGAAAUCCCGAGCCUGCCUGGCUUGGACGGCAUCUGCUCUACUGCAGCACAAGGUUGGGACCACUCGAACGGAGAGACCGGUCACGCAGAGAUCCUCACCAGCACCUCUUAUUCCAAGAUUGGUUGUGCCCUGUCUUCGAACACAGGCGUAUGGGCAUGUGACCUGGCAUAA